AUGGUGAUGCCCUUGGCAGGGAAUGCGCAGAGGUUGGUGUCCUUGAAGAACCCCACCAGUCACUGGGGACAGAGCUCCAGGGACGACGGUGGAGACGAGGUCAGUGGCUAUCAGCUCAAGGUCCCCAGCUUCACCCACAGCCAGCGAGAGGCUAUUCAGGGCUGGAUCGAGGGGCAGCCGCUCCCCACGAAUCUUGGGGACCCAGGUCUGGACGAGAGGGCGGCUGUGAAAGUGACCACGGAAGGAGGGAACUGCUCUCGAAGACCCCCAGACUCCAGCUCCGCGUGCCUCUCAUCUUCCAGAAGUUUCUGGAGAGGCAGUCCACAGGCCACCCUGGCCGCUUCCCACGGCGUGCGCAGCCGUGCUGUCUCCGUGGCUAUGGAGAGGAAGGAUUCGGGGUGCUGGGAGCCCCCCAGCAGGAAGGGGCUGUCCUUUUCUAUCGAGGAGAUCUUAAAGAGCGAUGGGGCGAGGCCAGGCGGGAAAGGUGGACAGGUCAGCGGGCAAGCAGUCGUGGCCGACGCUGAGGCCGGGAGGCUCCCACGGGACCAGCCCCCAGAGGAGAGGAAGAGCAGGAGGAGGAUCCGAACCACCUUUACCACAGAGCAGCUGCAUGAGCUGGAGAAGAUCUUCCACUUCACCCACUACCCGGACGUCCAUACCCGCAACCAGCUGGCAGCCAGGAUCAACCUGCCGGAAGCACGGGUGCAGAUCUGGUUCCAGAAUCAACGCGCCAAGUGGCGGAAGCAGGAGAAGACCAGCAGCCUGGGGACACCCCAGAAACUGAGUGAGGCCACCAGUCCGGAUUGUCCCUUGCUGCCGGGGUCAGCUCCCUUCACCGGGUGCUAUCAGCCUCCUCGAGGUCAGCUGGCCUCCAUCUGGUUCCCGGCCAGGCUCACCGUCCUCCCGUGCCACCCCUGGGAGGCGACGCCUCUCCUGGGCCCCCUCGUCCAGCCAUCCUGCGUGUCCACGCUCUGCUUCCUGCCCCUCCCCCACCCCCAGUGGGGCAGCGCCUGUACCGCGUCCACCUAG